GGUAAGGUCAGUUUUGUACCUUAUCAGCAAUUUGGUGUAUUUCAUUUAAAUACAACUCGCUGGCGUCUCACAAGUUGUCAGUUGAUGUAAAACUUAGAAACAAACAUAAACAGAUUGAAAAUGUGUUCAAUUGUGGUAAUAUCCAUCUUCCUUGUCUUAAUUGUGUCGAUAAAUGGAAUACCCAUUUCAGGGAACAAUCAACUAUUAAAUGUAAGAAAUAACACAGCCACUGUUCACGUAUCAAACGGCUCAAAUGGUGUACUAACACAAGGAAAUGGUGAUUUUUUCUCGCAACUCCUUUCCUUUUUGUUUGGAUCUGAUAUGUCGGAUGGCUUGGAUAUUGGGCUAGAUUAUGGGACAAGAGAUGAUUAUAAUUGGGAUACGAGUAGUCAAAGUGAAAAGGGUAGAAAUGAUUAUAACUCCAAUUCAGGUUCAUCUGGAAACUCUGGUUCGAACAGCAAUUUCGGCUCAAAUGGAAACUCUGGUUUUAAUGGAAACUCCGGAUCAAAUGGAAAUUCUGGUUCAAGUGGAAACUCUGGCUAUAUGACACAACAGGAAUGGGCUCAAUACAUGCAAUUGAUCCAAGCAUUAUCUCAGGAAGGUGGAGAUGGUGGUGGUGGUGGUGGUGGCUUUGGUGAUGCUGGGCAAUUAAUCAACACUGCAAUGGGUAUGUUGGGAGGAUUUUGAUUGAUCCUAAUGAAGAUCUCGAGUUAAACUGCCACAUGAAACAGAAACUUCAAAAUGAUUUUUUAUUAAUGUUCUUUUUUUUGUACACAAUCUAUUCAAUAUCAAUAAAUGGAAUGAUAUAUUUCUUUUACAAUUGAUUGUCUUUUUGAUUUUUAUAUGAAUGAAGAUCACCAGUGUUUGGUGUCUUGCUUUAGGCUGUUUUUUUAUUAGCAUCCAAUAAUAUAUAAUUAUUCAAUACAAUUCUUGAAUCCGUUGGAACAGUAUUUUUAAGAUUAUCAUUAUUGAUUUAUUGCUCAUUAUCAUAAUACAUGUACAUUAAUCAUCUCAAAUGUUUUCCCUCUUAGGCCAGAGAUAGACAAUUGUUUGUUUCAAAAAGUUGAACUGAAUACGUGAAACAGGUGAAGUUGAGCAAGAUAAAUUAAACUAAAUUAUUAUCAAGUUUUCACGGCAAGUCACAUUUACUUGUUACAUGUUAAAAUGAAGAGGUUUCUAAUGCUCAUAAAGACCUCACUUCAGAUGAUCUAAAUUCAUCUAACUGCUGAAAAUGGUCAAGUUUUAUCAAAUUGUAGCUUUAUACAUUUUUAUUAUGUUUUCCAGUCUAUAAUUUAUGAAUAUCAUGCCAUUUCGAUUCAUGUUAUUGGUAUUCCUUUGCAAGUUUUUUUAUGAAUAUUUAUACUCUUUCCAAGUUUGGUUACAGUGAAAUAAAUAUAAUUUUACUACAAAAAUAACGGACUUGCAAGAUGGAUUUUGGACAACAACAAAGACUUUGUGAAUGUUACCAAAGAAAAUCAACAAAAUUUCGAGUUUACGUGGAAUCGUUCAAUGUUACAAGGGUUACAAGUUUAAGAGUAAUCAAAACUCGGAAAGCUUUCAGAUGAGGUAAGGGUGUAAACACGUCUAGAUUGAUCAUUUCCCAUGAUGGUAUUAAUCAAAGAGUAAAGAAGAAGAGAUAGCUCUCCAUAGGAUUCAAUGAGAAGUUUAGUUAGCGGUCCUCAACGAGAGGCGCUCAAAUCAGUCACUUUUUCAAUCUCUUUCAAUUUAAUUUCAAUCUUAUUUUUUUAUCUAAUCUAUUAAAAAUACCUUUAAAGCGCCCUCGCCAGAGCCACUUUGUAAGCUUCACAAAAUUGUAUUGAGAGAAACCUCUUCUCCUUUACUCUUUGGUAUUAAUAAUGAAGUUUUUUCGCAUAUACGUUGCAUGAGUCUCUAACAGUUUUAAUCCAUAAUCCUUCAGAGGUUUUAUCCCACUUUUACUUGUUGUUAACUGAUGGUAAUUAGUCUAGUAUUGUCUAAUUUAGUCUAUGGUAGCAUUUUUGUUGUAAAUCCAUUCAGCUGAC